GGCCGGGGGUCGCGUGGCGCGGGAAUGGAGGAGCAAGAGGAGGUGGUGAGGCUGCUGCAGAACCUGGCCGUGGGGCCGGGGGGACAGUGGGCGGCCGAGCGGGAGAACGUGCUGGACGGACAGCUGUUGGCCGAGCACGACAAGGUGCCGGACGGGCAGCGGGCAGCCGAGCACGAGAAGCUCGUCAUGCCGGACGGGCAGCUGGUAGCCGAGGAGGAGGAGGGGGUGCUGGACGGGAGGCUGGUCGCCGAACAGGAGGCUGAGCACGAGAAGCUCGUCAUGCCGGACGGGCAGCUGGAGGCCGAGCAGGAGAAGUUCAGUGAUACAGAUUCAGAUUCAGAUAGUUCAUCAACUACACUCUCCUCAUCAUCUUCAGCAGUAUCAGAAGAAGAUGAUUGUCUAAAGGAGAAGGAUAAUAGAACACCCUGUAUUAGGACAAAGGAUGAGUUGCCUAUUGAUAAAUUGCCUCCUGUUGAAGACUUAUCAAUAAUUCUUCCAGAUGAUGUUGAACUGAAGCUCUUUGGGACAGUUUCCAGCAUCGUUGAGCAGCUAGUAAUAAUUGAAUCACUGAAGGGCCUACCUCCGGUAAAUGAGGAAAGCAUAAUUUUUAAAGAAGAUCGGCAAGUAGCAGGAAAGAUAUUUGAGAUAUUUGGUCCUGUUUCACAUCCUUUUUAUGUGAUGAGAUUUAACAGCUCUGAGCAUAUCAAAGAGAGAGGUAUUAAUGUGCAAGAUAGCAUGUACUUUGCUCCAUCAGUUAAGGACUUCACCCAGUAUAUAUUUGCAGAGAAACUAAAACAGGAAAAAGGUUCAGAUGCAUCUUGGAAGAAUGACCAAGAACCACCACCUGAAGUUUUGGAGUUCAGUGAUGAUGAGAAAGAAAAGGAGGCAAAACAGAAGAAAAAGAAGCCUCACAGUCAAGGAAGAAAGAAAAUAAGAUCAGAAACACUUCCAUCAAGUGAGAAUAAAGAAUUUCAUCAGUCAGUGCAGCAGCCUGCUUCAAGUUACGCAAGAGGAUACCAUGGCAGAGGGUUCUUCAGGGAUCUGUUUCCUCCUCCAUCAGGCCCUCGAGGGUUUUUCAGGCCCCAAGUAAGACCACCACAGCUGUACUCUUCAGACAGGAGGAUAUACCAGGAAUCACCCGUGUUUCCACCACCUUAUAGAAAAGAAUAUCCAGUGAUGCAACAGUAUGCCUUUCCUCCUCCAGAUUUUGGUUAUGUCAGUGAUGGGUAUCAAUUCCACCCUCCACCUUCAAACAUGAAUAUGAUGUGGACAGGCCCAAACAUGUACAAUUCAUCCUACUCAUUUCUGUCACUGCCACCGCCACCGCCACCACCGCCGCCACCUCCUCCAGACUGCCACCCUCCUCAGUUCAGGCCUUACUAAGAUUCCAUGUGUGUCCAUGUAGAGCCCUGCAGUUCACAGGGAGAAAGAACAGCCUGCCAGGACUGCAUUCCCUUAUUCUGGAGAUGGUUUCUUUUACUGCAGCAGUAGAACAAAUGCAGAGUUUUGUGCUUUGUGGGACAUCUGUAGAAAAUUAUUUUUUUCUGUAUAUGUUACCUGUUUCCAAAAAGAAAUUUAUAUGAUAAAAGUAACUGAAUAUUAAGUAAUGGUUUAUUUUUAUAGUAUCUGCUACUUAAAGAUGAUAAAUAAAAGCCUUUUGGACACUGGUA